CCAUGGUAAUGGCGAACAUGUCUCUGGUUUGCCACGAUCCCCGCAGCAAAACAAACAAGCUUAUUUGGUAUCAUGGAAACCCUUUGAAAUCCCCUACAGCCCUUCUACUGCUGCAGCUCUCUGCGAUUUCACUUGUUUCUCAGCUAAUCGAUGUCGGUCUAAAGCCCCUCGGACAGUCAAGUAUUGUAUCUCAGAUUUUUAGUGGUAUGGUAUUUGGCCCAUCCCUUCUAGGACAUAAAGGGUUGAUAACAUCAAAAUUAUUCCCGACAAGAGGUGCCAUGUUGAUUGAAACCAUGGCUACAUUUGGGCUCAUGUUCUUCCUGUUCGGAGUAAGUGUGAGGAUGGAUCUGACCAGUAUGGUGCGGCCAGGAAAACAAGCCAUGACCAUCGGAUUAUCAGUUUUCUUCUUCACAACGCUAACCGCCGGUUUGUCAGCCUUCUUUUUUGCAAGAUAUGUUGCCAAGGAAACCAGCCUUAAAGAAUCGCUCUUCUCAAUAGCCGAGUCACAGACAUUAACAGGAUUUCCCGUCAUUGCUUGCCUCCUGACUGAGCUCAACAUGCUAAACACUAACAUUGGCCGUCUAGCCCUCUCCUCCGCAAUGUUCUGCGAUUUACUUGGUAUUUCCUUGACAGCGGUUGCUUUAGCAGUAAUGGGAAAUAAGGGCGGAGGACUAAGACCGGCGAUGGCAAUUUUAUCUUCUAUUGCGCUUGUAAUUGGUAUUGUAUUUAUCGUCAAGCCAGCAAUACUGUGGGCGCUAAACCGUGCACCAAAAGACAAACCCAUUAGCGAGUCGUUUAUACGUUCCAUUUUUCUUUUGGUUCUUGUGAUCGGAUUAUUGAGCGAGACCAUCGGCCAGCACUAUGUUUUCGGGCCAUUAGUCCUAGGUUUGGUUGUGCCGGACGGACCACCUCUGGGAGUAGCUUUGAUCUCAAAAACGGAGGCUCUCACUUCACUGGUGUUCUACCCCACCUAUCUAUCCAUUAGUGGCCUGCGAACGAACAUCUUCAAAGUUGGUGCCCAGGCUUCGUGGAUUGUGUCAUCUGUUGUUAUCCUUUCUUGCACUGCCAAGCUUGCUGCCGUUAUGGCUCCUGCCAUGUAUGGUGAUAUGCCUGUACGAGAAGCUUUCGUGCUCGGGCUUAUCAUGAACGCAAAAGGCAUCGUGGAGCUUAACCUUUACAACCUUUGGAAGGAAAGCAAGGUUCUGUCAGAUGAAGAAUUUGCUUUGUCAGUGCUGUCAGUGAUAGUGGUAACAGCAAUCGUAACGCCACUGAUAAAGUACCUCUACGAUCCUUCCUGGCAAUAUACUGCAAUCAAGAGAAGUACCAUCCAACAUGCCAAGCGUGAGGCGGACCUCCGAAUCUUAGUCGGCAUCCACAACCACGAUAAUGUUCCUGCAAUCGUAAAUCUCCUUGAAGUAUCACAUGCUUCCGAAGAGAGCAAAAUUGCAGUCAUAGCAAUUGUCCUCGUUGAGCUUGUGGGGAGAGCCACCCCGGUUCUUGUGGCCCACCAGCCCUAUGGUUCCCUGCAAACAAGCACAACUUCAACCAGCCAAAUCAUUAACGCCUUAAGACAGUACGAGGACCAAAAUGAAGGCUUUGUCACUGUUCAAUCUUUCACUUCCAUCUCACCUUAUGUAACAAUGCACAACGACGUUUGCCGGGUAGGAGUGGAUAAGAGAGCAACCAUUGUGAUAGUGCCUUUUCAUAAGCAAUGGGCCAUAGAUGGCUCCAUUGGCUCAGUUAACCGAGCCAUCCAGGGCAUGAACAUCAAUAUCCUCGACAGCGCACCAUGCUCUGUUGGAAUCCUCGUCGACCGGGGCAUCCUAAGGGGUUCGAUGCCAUUUGUAAGUACAGGUCGUCCAUUAUACCAUGUGGCUGUAAUCUACAUUGGCGGUGCGGAUGACGCGGAGUCACUAGCCUAUGGUGCUCGCAUGGCCCAAAGUGAGAGCGUUGAUCUAACAGUCGUCCGGUUCCUUCUCUUUGGAGCCGAAAACACUAAAGAAAGAAAACUCGAAACUGACUUGAUCGAUGAAUACCGUCAAGCUAAUGUGGGGAACGAACGAUUUGUGGUUGUAGAAGAAGUGGUGAGAGAUGGGUUAGCCCUUUCUGUAUCAAUAAAAGAGAUGGUAGAUUGCUUUGAUUUAAUACUAGUGGGGAGGAACCAUCAACCGUCCCCUCUUAUCACAGCACUUGGUGAGUGGUGUGAGUGCCCCGAGCUUGGGAUCAUCGGCGAUAUGCUUGCUUCGCCGGAUCUUAGGUGCACAUCAUCAGUCUUGGUGAUACAACAGCAAAGAAUGGGGACUGGGAAGUUGAUGCAACAUUCCAUCGGUACUGAUAGAAACCAAUUACUAAUUCAUGACGUUCCACUUGAUGAACCAGAAAGAGGGUCAUGGAGAAUUACCAUGGAUAGAUCCUCCAUCGAUCGAGCUGUCGUUUAACGUCUAUAUAUUACUAGUCCUCUUUUUACUAUUUUUCUUUUUUGAUUAAUUUUUUU